AUGGCAUACAUUGAUGACAUCAUCAUGUACAGCCUGGGCUGGAUGUCCCACAUGCACCACUUGGGGACCGUCUUGGCAGCACUUUACAUGUCGGGCCUUAGAGUCAACCCCGGGAAGAGCUGGGUGGGAUUUCAAGAAUUGAAGUACCUUAGACUCCUACCACCUAGACUAUAUGGACUCCCCAAAAUACAUAAAGAUUCAGUCCCACUCCGACCCAUUGUGAGUGCCAUUGGUUCACCGACAUAUGAAUUAGCUAGACAUCUGGCAGAUCUCCUGCAGGACCACAUCGGGAAAACCUCGUCUUACAUCAAAGAUUCAGCAGAUUUCAUCAACAAAAUCAGUUCUCUGAAACUCAAUCCACAAGACAUACUUGUCAGUUUUGAUGUUGUAUCCCUGUUUACCAAGGUUCCAGUAAAAGACACUAUUGCACUGAUUAAUCAGAUUUUCCCAGAGGAUGUAACAGCCUUAUUCCAUCAUUGUCUGACAACCAGUUACUUCCAAUGGGACAACGAAUUCUAUGAACAGAUGGAUGGGGUGGCCAUGGGGAGCCCACUCAGCCCAGUUAUAGCAAACUUCUACAUGGAACAUUUUGAAAAAACAGCUCUAGAAUCAGCACCCCACAAACCCAGUGUAUGGUUCCGGUUUGUGGAUGAUACAUUCAUCAUUUGGAGCCAUGGGGAGGAAGAAUUGAUGGGGUUUUUGAAUCAUCUCAACAACAUCCACCUGAACAUACAAUUCACGAUGGAGAAAGAAAUCGAGGGAAAACUCCCAUUCCCGGAUACCUUGGUCAUCCGCAAAGCAAACUUUCAGUUAGGUCACAGGGUCUACAGGAAACCAACUCACACUGAUCGGUACUUACACAAAAACUCCAAUCAC